UCCAAACCCCUUCAUUCAUUCUGCUGCUCACGCUCCAACAAGGAUCGACUGCCGACGCGAUCACCUCUAGAAAGAGAAGAUGCUACAGUGACUGCUGCCUCUCUUCGCCACCGGCUUUCUCUCUGCCGCCGCGGCCUCCCCUCCCUCUCGGCUCACGCGUCCUCCCUCCCCGCCCUGCCUCCUUAGUGGUCCGCCGGCUGGGUUGCGCAGGAGCCGCCGACAGCAAGAGCAGCAGUUAAGCAGAGAGCUUUGACGUGCAUCUCCAGAGAAACAGCGGCAGCUCCUUUCAAGUAAGCGAGAGGGAAAGGGCGGGAGAAGCCCGCAGGGUCUGCCUGGACAUGAGACGAGGGGGUGGCGCCGAACAGGAGCUAGAAGCAAGGUGAGGAGCUCGUGGUAGGAAAAGAACAGAAGAGGGGGCAUUGGCCAAGGCUAGGAGGCGGAUGGCUCGGCCUUGUGGGUCCUAUUGCUUGCUCCAACAGAGGGCGGGAAACCUCGGGCAGCUUCGGAUAUACCACGUGGUGAGUGCCCUGGGUUUUUCUCGGGACCUCGGACGCUGAUAGGAGCGAGUGCAGCGGCGACUCUGUAUUGCUACAGCUCCCCACGUUUUUUGACAUGAGGUAUGAGUGAUUUAAGACUUGGCGGCGAAAAAGUUUGCGAGUGGAUAUCCUCUUUGGGGGAGCAGGGAGCAUUAGGUGGAGGUAAGACAAUGUCAGCUCCCACCAGCUUGGACUUUGCUGCAGUGGAAAGUUUCCUAGAUGGGCACCCGGAGCUGGUGGAGAAGUGGCUGAAGAGGAGAAACUCCCUCCUCAGCCAGGCGGCUCCCAAUCCCGGCGGCGAGGCAGAAGAGCGGCCGAACAGUCACGGCAACGGCACCCCAUCGCUGAGAGCCGCCGCCACCAGCUCCUCUUUCAGCUGGGGCGGCGGUGCAGCAGCUUCGGAGACUGCGGCCGGCGGGCUGCAGCGGCGGGCGUCGCAGAAAGAGCUAAGGAAAAGUUUCGCGCGCUCCAAGGCCAUCCACGUGAACCUGACUUAUGACGAGCACGUCCAUGCCCGGGCUCAGGAGCCGUUGAGUAGCAUGAGGAGAAGGGCGCUGCUGAGGAAGGCCAGUUCCCUGCCGCCCACCACAGCUAACAUCCUCAGUGCGCUGCUCGAGUCCCGGGUCAACCUCCCCCAGUACCCGCCCACCGCCCUGGACUACAAGCGCCACCUCAAGGAGCACAACGAGCGGCAAUUCUUCCUGGAGCUCGUCAAGGACAUCUCCAACGACUUAGACCUCAGCGCCCUCAGCUACAAGAUCCUCAUUUUUGUCUGCCUCAUGGUGGACGCCGACAGGGGCUCCCUCUUCCUAGUGGAAGGCGGCGCCGGUGGCGGCAAGAAGAGCCUCGUCUCCAAGGUCUUCGACGUGCACGCCGGCACCCCAUUGCUGCCUUGCUACAGCGCUGAGAACUCCAAUGAAGUGCAGGUGCCCUGGGGCAAAGGGAUCAUCGGCUAUGUGGCCCAGCAUGGCGAGACGGUUAAUAUUCCCGACGCUUACCAGGACCGCCGCUUUAAUGAUGAGAUUGACAAACUGACAGGAUACAAGACCAAGUCAUUGCUUUGCAUGCCCAUAAGAAACAGUGAGGGCGAGAUUAUUGGCGUUGCCCAAGCGAUAAAUAAAACGCCUGGAGGUGCUCCUUUCACCGAUGAUGAUGAAAAAGUAAUGGAGAUGUAUCUUCCAUUUUGUGGGAUUGCCAUAUCUAACGCUCAGCUGUUUGCUGCUUCCAGGAAGGAGUAUGAUAGAAGCAGAGCCUUGCUGGAGGUGGUUAAUGAUCUCUUUGAAGAACAGACAGACUUAGAAAAAAUUGUGAAGAAAAUUAUGCACCGAGCCCAGACUCUACUGAAAUGUGAGCGCUGCUCAGUAUUACUUCUUGAAGACAUUGAAUCUCCAGUCGUGAAGUUUACCAAAUCUUUCGACUUGAUGUCUCCAAGAUGCAGUGCAGAUACAGAGAAUAGUUUGAAAGACAGUUUGGAGAAACCAUCAUCUUAUUCAGACUGGCUAGUAAAUAAUAGUAUUGCUGAACUCGUAGCUUCCACGGGCCUCCCAGUGAACAUCAGCGAUGCAUAUCAAGAUCCUCGCUUUGAUGCAGAAGCUGACCAGUUUUCUGGCUUUCAUAUAAGAUCUGUUCUCUGUGUCCCUAUAUGGAAUAGCACUCACCAAAUAAUUGGGGUAGCUCAAGUACUGAAUAGACUUGAUGGGAAACCAUUUGAUGAUGCUGAUCAGCGACUCUUUGAGGCUUUUGUUAUAUUUUGUGGCUUGGGCAUCAACAAUACGAUAAUGUAUGACCAAGUGAAGAAAUCCUGGGCAAAGCAAUCUGUGGCUCUUGAUGUGCUGUCUUACCAUGCAACAUGUUCAAAGGCAGAAGUGGACAGAUUUAAGGCAGCAAACAUCCCACUUGUGUCAGAGCUUGGCAUAGACAACAUCCAUUUUGAUGACUUCUCCCUCGACAUAGAUGCCAUGAUAACUGCAGCCCUCCGAAUGUUCAUGGAACUUGGAAUGGUGCAGAAAUUUAAAAUUGACUAUGAGACAUUGUGUAGGUGGCUUUUGACAGUGAGGAAGAAUUACCGAAUGGUCCUGUAUCACAACUGGAGGCAUGCUUUCAAUGUGUGCCAGCUAAUGUUUGCCAUGUUAACUACGGCAGGAUUUCAGGAGAUUCUGACAGAAGUUGAAAUUUUAGCUUUGAUUGUGGGAUGUCUGUGCCAUGAUCUUGACCACAGAGGAACCAAUAAUGCCUUUCAGGCUAAGAUUGGAUCUGCUUUGGCUCAACUCUAUGGGACAUCUGCUACUCUGGAGCACCAUCAUUUUAACCAUGCUGUCAUGAUUCUUCAGAGUGAGGGUCACAACAUCUUUGCUAACUUGUCCUCCAAGGAUUACAGUGACCUUAUGCAGCUUCUGAAGAAGUCAAUAUUGGCAACAGACCUCACUCUCUAUUUUGAGAAGAGGACUGAAUUUUUUGAUCUUGUCAACAAAGGUGAUUACAAUUGGAAUGUUAUGUGUCAGCGAGAGAUAUUCCGAUCAAUGCUAAUGACAGCCUGUGACCUUGGAGCUGCGACCAAACCGUGGGAGAUUUCAAGACAGGUUGCUGAACUGGUAACAAGUGAGUUCUUUGAACAAGGAGACAGAGAGAGAUCUGAGCUCAAACUCACGCCUUCUGCUAUUUUUGAUCGGAAUAGGAAAGAUGAACUGCCUCGAUUGCAGCUGGAAUGGAUUGAUAGCAUCUGCAUGCCUCUCUAUCAGACUUUAGUGAAAGUGAACAGAAAACUGAAGCCUAUGUUGGAUUCAGUGGUGGACAAUAGAAAUAAGUGGAAGGAGCUGCACCAACAAAGACUGCUUUCCAAGGACACAACAUCUUCUUCCUCUUCUUCUUCCAACUUUACCAUGUCUCUGGAGGAUAUGAAUUAAGUCUGCAUAUGUUUUGCUGCUGCUAGGAUAAGAUGUCUGAAGGCUGGUUAAAGCUUAGUCUCAUCAGUUAAAAAAACAAAUUGCUGUCAAGGACAUGCUUAAUUCAAAUAAAAAUUAUCCAGCUGGCCAUGGUUUAGCUGUUUGCUGGCAGCUGACCUUUGGUCUGAAGGGAGGAUCUACAGUGAGCCUUGUGUUGCUAUCUGCAGUAACCUGAAAGGUUUGGUGCAGGUCUGGAUUUGGUCAGCUUAUUUCAAGCUGCUGUUAUGAAACUUGGCAAACAUGGCCACAAAGGAUUGGCUAACAGGAGGUUACAGCUUAGUUUAAUUAGUAAAAGAGAGCACGGCUGAAAUAUUUUUUAACAUAAUUGAGGUAUCUGCAAGGGGCUACUGAGGGGAGAAGAGAGAGAAUAGUUUGUAAUAAUAACUUGAGUUUGCAGCAUUUGCUGAUAUGAACCAGGUAAUAUCUGCACUUGUGAUGUUUAUCUUUUCCCCCCUUUUAUUAUGCUUGAAUGUUCAGAGAAGCCUGCUUUGUAUUUAUUCUACUGACGUUUUGUUUGUUUUUUACAACAAAGCUUCAAAUGAUCGAUUGCGGCUUUUAGAACUGCCUGUCUUUGCUACAUUUUAGAGAAAAAACUAAUUUUAUUACAUUUAAAAACACCAACCUGUCCUGGCUUCCUUAAGAAUUUUGUAUUAGCAAUGCAAUUUGAACUGUUCUUCAGGUGGAAGCUUAUAUAAAGGUAAAAUUUCUGCAUGGUAAUUUGGGUUUCUUUAGAAUUUUGUUUUAAACAUUCAUUUUUAAAGCUGCU